AUGAGUCCAUACAUUAUUAUAAUUUUAUUAUCCAGCCUCGGCCUAGGUACAGCCCUAACAUUCAUGAGCUCCCACUGACUAUUGGCCUGAAUAGGACUUGAAAUUAAUACACUAGCAAUUACCCCCUUAAUAGCCCAACACCACCACCCCCGAGCAGUAGAAGCAACAACUAAAUAUUUCUUAACCCAAGCCGCUGCAGCAGCAACAAUUCUAUUUGCCAGCACUAUUAAUGCCUGAGCAACAGGAGAAUGAAACAUCAAUUGCUUAACCCACCCAAUCGCAACCACCCUCGUCACAAUAGCCCUAGCAUUAAAAGUAGGACUAGCCCCCAUACAUUUCUGAAUACCUCCUGUAAUACAAGGAUUAGACCUUACAACAGGACUUAUCAUAGCCACUUGACAAAAACUGGCCCCCUUCGCCCUAAUUAUCCAAAUAGCACCAUUUACCCACCCACAACUACUUACGGCCCUAGGGUUACUAUCAGUUUUCAUUGGAGGAUGGGGAGGCCUAAACCAAACCCAGCUACGAAAAAUCCUAGCCUAUUCAUCAAUCGCCCACCUUGGAUGAAUAACUGUAAUCGUACAACUCAAACCACAACUAACUAUCCUAACAUUAUGCCUAUAUAUUGUCAUAACAAUAGCAACCUUCCUAACAUUCAAACUAAUAAGCGCUACAAAAAUCAACACAUUAGCAACAAGCUGGGCUAAAGCCCCCGUCCUGACCGCAACUGCCGCCCUCGCCCUACUAUCACUAGGAGGACUCCCUCCCCUAACAGGCUUCAUACCAAAAUGAUUAAUCUUACAAGAACUUACUACACAAGGACUCCCCCUAACAGCAACAAUAAUGGCACUCAGCGCGCUAUUAAGCCUAUAUUUCUACUUACGACUAUGCUACUCUAUAACCCUCACAAUAGCUCCAAACACAAAUAACGCCUUAACCCCCUGACGCCUACAAAACACACAAACCAAAAAUCUGUUAGUCACCACAAUAACCAUAACCCUUAUACUACUUCCCCUAACCCCCCUCGCCCAAACACUAAUUAGCU